AUGACCUUCACCACCCUGCGCGCACUGCACGCCGCGAUUGGCACCGCGAUAGACGACAUCGAGCGCGUCUAUCGCGAGCGUACUCCGAACGACCCUAUCGAAUUUCCCUCACUUGACGAGCCCUAUUACUAUGCCGCACAACACAGGCCAGAGGAGGAACUCGCUGAGGCGCUGAAAGGCGACCCGGCGGUCGCUGCUGCAUCGAAGCGCAUUGUAGCAGCCUGCGGUCAGCUCGCCACCACUGUCAACAAGCCAUGGUAUGGCUUGAUGGAAGACGUCCAGGCGGGCCAAUUUUCCGCUGCAAUCCGGUUCCUUGAGGCGGCCAAUAUCGUGGAAAUCUUGCGCGAGGCGGGCCCCGAGGGACUCCACGUGCGGGAGAUCUACCGCUUGGUCCUCGACUUGCGUGCGAACUCGAAGACUGCCACUACAGCCGAUACUGUACCCCUUACCCCUGCGCAUCUAAGUCACAUCCUCCGCCUCCUCGCAACGGGGCACUACCUCCGUGAGGUGAAGCCCGACAUCUUCGCAAAUAACCGCCCAUCAUCGUACAUUGAUUCUGGCAAGACUGUGGCGCAGCUACGAGAAGCGCCAGAGAAGAAGUACAAUGACACCGAUGGAGUAGCCGCCUUCGUCGCCUUGACGUACUGGGCUUUGCCCGACAAGCGUUCGCUCCGCCGCACCGACACUACCGAGGGACAAGUCGCCCGCUAUGGGGCACCAUUCAACCUCGCCUUCAACACCCAACUUGGGUACUUCCCGUGGCUUGAACUUCCCGAGAACGAAGACAGGUUCGUCAGGUUCGGACAUGCGAUGACGGGAACUCGGCAGUGGGAGAUCAAGAACCAGAUCCUCCAAGGAUUUUCUUGGGAGGACCUUCCUCAGGGGUCAGUGCUCAUCGACGUCGGCGGUGGCAUCGGCGCCCAGUCUAUCCUCGUCGCGCAAGCGCACCCCCAUAUCCACGUCGUAGUCGAAGACAGGGAACAGGUCGUCUCCACCGCCCAAUCUGCCUGGGGACCGCAAUACGCCGAGCUCUUCGACUCCGGGCGCAUGUCGUGGCGCCCGCGCGACUUCUUCCAGCCGUGGCCUGCGCUGACGCUCCCGGCUCUCGGCCCAAUCGCCGCACCGUCCGUCUUCCUCCUGCGGCUGGUACUGCACGAUUGGAGAGACGAGGACUGCCGCAAGAUUCUGAGCCAGCUCCGCGGUGCAGCGGGGCCAGAAACGAAGCUGCUCAUCGGGGAUAUGCUGCUCCCCAACGCGUGUGCGGACCAGGCGGCGUACGAGGGCGCGGACGGCUCGGCCGUGACGUUCCCGUUCGUCACGAAGGAGUCGCCGCUCCUUCCGAACCUCGGCGUCGCCAACAUACACGGGUACUUGAUUGACAUCAUGAUGAUGGGAAUGUUCGACGCGAAAGAACGGACGGAAGACGAGAUGGCGGCCCUCGCGCUCUCUGCGGGGUGGAAGUUCGUCGAGGUGCGGAGGACCCCUGGGUCGAUGUGGGCUUACACCACCGCCGUUCCGGUAUAG